UCUGUGCACCUAACCUUACUUUUCUGCUACCUAAACAAAAACAUUUUCAUAAAUGAUGGAAACAAAAUUUGAAAUGCCCGUCUUUGAUGGAGAAGCUUCCGAAACUGAGAGUGAAGAAAGUGGUCAUAUCACCUUUUAUGAUGAUAGCAUAACAAUGGAUAUAGCAAACAAAGUUCAAUGUCUGGAGGUUACUGGUGAAGACGCGGAAUCUGGCGAUGAAAAGGAAAGCACAUCUAGUGCAAGUACUGCUACAGUUCAGAAAUUGGUGAAAGAACCGAAAAAGGUGAAAGUGAAUAGUAAAAGCCAGUCUUUACUUAAUUUCAAGUUGAGAGAAUCAAAUAGCAUGUUUUAUAAUGACAUGGAAGAUGUUAUCAAAGAAUUUUUGAAAACCAAUGAGAAAUCCCUGACUGAUAUAGAUCAGCAUAUUUCCAAAUCACAGAUAAUUUUACAAGCAGCCAACCCAUCCCUGAAGAACUUGCAUUCCCAAUCAAAUUCUUUGAAGAAUAAACUUGAAACGCUUUUAUCCUCUAAUUUUUUAUCAAACGUGAAAAUAAAGGAAUAGAGUAUUCCAACAAA